CGUGUUUUACCCGUUGAAGGAGUAAUCGGGUCUCCUUUUUAACGCUCAUCUCUUCCAUCAGGCCCCCCUGAUGGUCACCUAACAACUUCCCUCUUGCUGCAGGAGCAGCUGGUUGCACCCGUUGCCAGGCCCGGGCUCCUGGCCCAGGUAGCGGGAUCAAAAUGAGCUAUUUCGGGCCCCACCGCGGGGCCCCUGGGGGGCCAGCCUGGAGUGUUAGUGCUCACGCCCCUGGCCUCUGUGUACCCGAAGCUGAGUCAGAGGCACAGAAUUAGGCCCGGCCUGCUGGGGGGCUGGGCCCAUGGCCGUGCUGAAGAUGGGGGUAGGGUCUGUUUUGUGUCCUUCUGACAGCCUGGUCCUGCUAUUGCAUUCUCCUGGAAUCUGUUCCUAAGACCUCCAUCUGCGUCAUCCUCAGAGCUGCCAACGGAGUGGUGGUGGCUUAGGAGAACUGAGAACUCUUUGGUGGACUUCUCCGCUCUGGGUCCCAACUGCUACAUUGUGUUCUCCAUACCCUCAAGACUCUGCCUUCUUAGCCUUAGUUUCCCCUUCAGGAUAUUGAGGAAUUUAAUGACGUUUUCCUGGCGUCCUUUUCCAAGCAUCCAGCAGGCGAUUAAUAAAUGGCCAAGUCAUUAUUGGGGUUUCUAAAUAAGGAUCUUAAUGGCCGAAUCUGGCCACGGUCCCAGUGUCCCCGAGAGGCCCGCGGAGGGGCCGGCACAGGACGCACUAUAAAUCAGUGGCCGUGUAUGCAGGGGCACUGCGGACUCAGGGCGGCGGUGGAGGAGCAGGAUGGAGAUUCCGGUGCCUGUGCAGCCGACUUGGCUGCGUCGCGCUUCGGCUCCUUUGCCGGGCAUUUCCACUCCGGGACGCCUCUUUGACCAGCGCUUCGGCGAGGGGCUGCUGGAGGCGGAGCUGGCUGCGCUCUGUCCUGCCGCACUCGCCCCCUACUACCUGCGAGCCCCAAGCGUGGCGCUGCCCACCGCCCAGGCGCCAACAGAACCCGGUCAUUUCUCGGUGCUGCUGGACGUGAAGCACUUCUCCCCUGAGGAAAUUGCUGUCAAGGUGGUGGGAGAACACGUGGAGGUGCACGCACGCCACGAAGAGCGCCCGGACGAGCACGGAUUCAUCGCGCGCGAGUUCCACCGCCGCUACCGCUUGCCGCCGGGCGUAGAUCCUGCUGCCGUGACCUCGGCUCUGUCCCCCGAGGGCGUCCUGUCCAUCCAAGCUGCACCUGCGUCAUCCCAGGCCCCGCUGCAGCCUCCGCCUGCCACCAAAUAAGAGGUCCAGGCACGCCUGAACCCCGUGGUUGGGGAGGGCCGCUUAAGGCUCCUUUUCUUAAAGCCGAUCUGACUCCGCCCAACCAGAUGUCCGAGCGCCAAGACAGUCCCUCCUUCCAAUCAGGAUUCUGUCCUGAUCCCUCCACCCUAGACGCAAUCUUUAUAGCCUCGACCCUUCCAAUGACACCCCGUUCCAACUUUCAGAUCCUAGCCUAGACUCCAUCAGCAAUGGCUCCACUUUCUUGUCUCACAUCCCCUCAAGAUUCCCUCUUGCAGUUCGCUGACUCCUGAGAUAACUUGAUCCACAGGCUCUACAUCCAUCCCUUCCUGGCUGAGACCAGAUUAUGAUGUAGGCAACCCUGCUUGGUCAGGCAUAACCCCAUCCCCAACACCCCAGACUGCAAACCUCCCACUCCAGACAGUCCAGGCCCCCAAUACUCUGGAACCCUUUCCUACAACCAGACACUCCACUGUCCCCACCCCAUUUGCUGACUUGAAACCUCGGCCAGGCACCUAGACUCUUGAAGUCUUUUCUGAUUCCCAACCUUUGGGACACCUAUCCCAGGCCAACUAGGACCCCCAAUCUCAAAACUGUGUAGAUUUCCCCCCACAACCUCCCUAGACAAAGGUGUGCCAGACGCACUCCUCAGUUAACUAGAACUCCCCAGUCCCUUUGUCCUAAUCCCCAGGUUUCCAAUCCACCUUCCCCACUUCUCAUCCUCCAAGACCCAACCAAAUAGCCUCUCUUUAAUUCCCUACAACCUUACUCCCUCACUGAAUGCCCUGUAACCCCAUGCUCCAUUCUUUCCCAGGCUUACUCCCCAAUAAAUGCACUACAGCAGUG